AUGGGUCAACGGGUUGCUCUCCUGAGCCCUGUUUUGGCCGCUGUGGCGCCGUUUUUGCUUGGAAUAAACGGUGCACUCUUCCAAGGCGAGAAGGAGGGUUCGGCGCCGUUUUUGUUUUGGCCGCUUCGGGUUCACUUCUUCUUCUCCCUGCAGCGAAACCCUAGAGACUACAUUUCUUCUUCUCCCUGCAGCGAAACUUCUUCUUCUUCUCGCCAUCUCCAGGGUUCUUUGGCGGCGCGAUCGCAGUUGCGGUCGCCGGCGGAAGAACAGGUCGCCUUUCACGGCUCCGUCUCUUCUCCCUUCAGCUCCGCCUCUGCUCGGCCUCUGCUCGCGCCUCUGCUCGCGACAUUGCUUUAUCCAACUGCUUCCUCUCCUCUUUCUCAGAUUUCAGCAGUGGCCUGGCAAAUGGCAAUAACUACUCAUCAGAGGACUGAUUACAGAGAGGAGAAAUAA